AUGUUCUUCCACAAACCUCUUUUCCUGGCUGCCAGCCUCUCUCUUUUCCUUUGCCUUUUCACCUUCGCCUCGGCUGGUCGGGCGAAUGGCGACCAGCAAUAUCUCCGAAAGCGGCAAUCUGAAACUUCAAUAAUUGGACGUACUGAAGGACCAAGUCGUCCAGUGCCGUUUACGUCCAGCCCGGAUUUGGUUGUGAUCACGUCCAAACUCGAGAUUCUCGGUAAGGAGUCGUCGGCUCUCGGACAGUGUAGUUGCGUUCGUACGCUCGAUGAUCAGAAGCAGAAUGUUUCCGGCACCUGUACCUCCAGGUUCGUCGAUAGCGCUAAGAGCACAGCCACAUGUCUGUUCGGGACUUUGACUGAUGCCACUUGCUUUGAGAAGGGCGGCAAGCUCGACCUGUCCGAUGGCGACAAAGUCUGGUGGCAGAAGGCUUUCUGCAAGAGGUGCAAAGCAGCAGGUGGUAAGAGCCAUCCCUUUUACGCGUGUCCUUAG